UAAGAAAAUCAAUGAAACAUGAUAAAAAUGGUUAAAGAUCAUCAAAGCAAUUAAGAUCAUUUUAUAAUGUUUAUAAGAACUUAUAAAUAAUUUAUAAUUUUAAAGAUUUAAUGAUUUGUAAUAAUAUCGGAUAGUUUAAAUAAAAACCAAUGCACCUGUCACAUGUAUGAUGUAUAUAAAAGAGUUGUGUCGAGUGUUUUUUUCUAUCAAAAUCCAAAAUCUCCCAACGUUUUGUUCUUUCAAGAAAAAGGAGAUGUCAGAUAUGGGUAACUCCUCCAGAGCGACGUCGUCGUUCGAUGAACAAUCCAUUCACGGCGAUGUACUGGAGGCAAUCCUCUCCCACGUCCCACUAGUACACUUACUUCCGGCGUGUGGUGUGUCAAAGUCGUGGACCGCCGCCGUAUCAUCGUCCCUUCGCAAAUCCACCAACACCAAACCAUGGCUAAUCAUCCACACACAGAGCUCUAGGCACCCGUACUCCACAGCCACUCAUGCCUACGAUCCGGAGUCAAACAUGUGGAUCGAGAUCCGACAACCGGCGAUCGGUUACGUAUCUACACUUCGAUCAUCUCACUCGAAUCUUCUCUACAUGUUGUCGCCGUCGAAGCUCUCGUUGUCUUUUGAUCCGCUUCACCUGACUUGGCACCACGCGGUGGCGCCGAAAGUCUCGCGGAUAGAUCCUGUUGUAGCCGUUGUAGGCAGCCACGUUGUGGUUGCAGGCGGUGCCUACGAUUUUGAGGACGAUCCUCUCGCCGUUGAGGUUUAUGAUCUCGAGUCACAGCAAUGGACUAAAUCGGAUCCAAUGCCCGAGUUUUUCAACGGAUCCGCCGCGUCAUUGUGGCUCUCGGUUGCUUCCGGUGACCCUCAUAUCUUCGUCAUGGAGAAAACUUCCGGUGUAACGUACUCGUUCAAUCCCAAUAACAAUACGUGGUCUGGACCGUACGAUCUGCGUCCCGAUCACCGCGUUUUUUACUCGGUUAUCGGAUUCUCCAACGACCGAUUGAUUGUCAUCGGGAUGUUGGGUGAUGCUGAGGAUGUUGACGGAGUGAAGUUCUGGGAAGUGAACUGCGAGUCAUUCGAAUUCGAUGAAAUUGGGGAGAUGCCGGCGAAUCUCCUCGAGAAUUUGAAGAGCCACGAUUCGCAAAUUUCCUCCAUCGACGUCUCUAUGGUGGGAAACGCGGCGUAUGUAUACAUCUCCUCGCGAGCUGAAGAGGUAUUCAUGUGUGAGUUAAUCGACGGCGGGGGAUGUAGGUGGCGCAGCGUGGCGAAUACGUCUGCGAAUGGCCGGAGUAUAAUGGAUAAAUUAGUUUUUACGUGCUCGAAGAUAGGGAUUGAGGAGCUGCAACGAGCAACGAGGUCAGAGAAUCGGAAGUUCGUCUUGAAACGGUGAGUCAUUGUUCAGUUGACUCGGUGUAAAUUCGUGUUUAAUCUACAUUUACUUUUGUAUUAUUGUAUGUUUAUAGUGUCAUAAUUCAUAAGUAUAUUCUUUUUUAAAA